AGGCAGGUGGGGAUGGUUUGGCGGGACGCCUUACGAUAUAUAAUCAAGAGAUGCAUGAAGCAGUUGAAGCACGGCUUUUCCCAGGUUCGAGAUGUCCUCCUCUAACGAAGGCAAAGUCGUUCAUGAAUCGGUUGCUCAGGUCGAGCAUACCCACCACCAUGGUCAUCGUACCCGUGAGCUCGAUGCAAAAAGCAAAGUAGUAGCGAAUACCAAUGCUAAACUUACAAACCCUUUGCGUGGUAUCCCAUACAAUCAAUUGAUGACGGAUGUUGAAAUAUUUGCGCAAGAGAGAGGUCUCGAAGACAUCAUUGAUGAACUUAAAAAGGGCGCUCUUGUCGCACAAGACCCAGCUGCUUUAGAACGUCAUGAUGUGUUUACCGAGGAGGAUAAACGGGUGCUGCGCAUGGAGGUGACUCAUAAGUGGCAACAGACAAGAACAUUAUACUAUAUGGUAUUCAUGAGUUCUAUGGCGGCGGCUGUUCAGGGAAUGGACCAGGCCGUCAUCAAUGGUGCCCAGAUCAUCUACCCGACGCAGUUUGGGAUUGGGGAUACUAAUAGCCAGCGUGAUUCUUGGCUAGUUGGUCUUGUCAACUCUGCUCCAUAUCUUUGUUGUGCUGUCGUUGGCUGUUGGCUCACCGACCCUUUGAAUCGGUGGCUGGGACGGAAAAAGACCAUUUUUAUCACUUGUAUGAUCAGUUUCCUUACAUGUAUCUGGAGUGCCCUUACCAAUACAUGGUGGCAUCUCUUCAUCGCUCGCUUUUUCUUAGGAUUUGGUAUCGGACCAAAAUCCGCCACUGUUCCCGUUUAUGCAGCUGAAUGCUCCCCAGCCGCCAUUCGAGGCGCACUUGUCAUGAUGUGGCAAAUGUGGACUGCGUUUGGUAUCAUGUUUGGUGAUCUCCUCGAUGUAGCAUUUUAUUUCGUUCCUGACAAACCCAACAUAACUGGACUCAAUUGGAGAUUGAUGUUGGGUUCUGCAGGAUUCCCUGGUCUUGUUGUUUGCUUGCAAGUUAUGUUCGCCCCGGAGUCCCCUCGAUGGCUUAUUUCCAAAAGCCGAUACCACGAUGCUUACAAGGAACUUUGUCGACUUCGACUCACAACGGUGCAGGCCGCCAGAGAUCUGUACUAUAUCCAUGUUCUCCUUGAGGCCGAGAAUGAGAUGAAGGAAGGCAGGAACCGAUUUGUUGAGAUGUUUACCGUUCCAAGGAAUAGGAAUGCAGCCCUGGCAAGUUGGAUUGUCAUGUUUGGGCAGCAAUUUUGUGGUGUUAACGUCAUUGCAUACUACUCGUCGAAUGUUUUUGUUUCCUCCGGAUUUACCCAGGUCUCUGCGCUUUUAGCUUCCUUCGGAUUCGGUUUAAUCAACUGGGUUUUCGCGUUUCCUGCUGUGCUCACUAUUGACACGUUUGGACGUCGUAACCUUCUGUUGUUCACGUUCCCUUGUAUGGCCAUUUGCCUUUUGAUCACAGGUUUUUCGUUCUGGAGUACAUCCGAGAAAGGCAAACUAGCUGGAGUGUCCCUUGGCAUAUACCUGUUCGGCGUAUUCUACUCCCCAGGCGAAGGACCCGUGCCUUUCACAUACUCUGCAGAGGCCUUCCCUUUAUAUAUACGCGAGAUUGGGAUGUCAUUUGCGACGGCAACUACAUGGUUCUUCGACUUUAUCUUGUCAAUAACGUGGCCUUCGUUGGUCCUGGCUUUUAAGCCUCAAGGUGCCUUUGGUUUCUAUGCCGCAUGGUGCUGUGUUCUAUGGGUGCUUAUCUUACUCUUCGUUCGUGAGACGAAGGGAAGAACGCUCGAAGAAUUGGACCAAAUCUUUGCUGUUCCCGCCCAUGUGCAUGCUGCGUAUGGACUCAGACAGAUUCCGUAUGGCGUUAAGAAAUGGGUAUUGUGGCAAAAUGUUAAGCCUGAGAGCCUUUAUGAUUUCGAAAGCGAGGACUCGAGCGUGGUUGACGAGAAGGGACAAAGAGAGUUGAGAGAGGAUGUAGAAAAGGCGAGUUGAUAGCCUUGAAUUUUGAUUGUCAUAUCACCGCUUUCUCUCUCCACGAGUCUACGGAUACAUGUAUUUUAUUUCAGCCCUUCUCUUUCAAAAUGUCUGUAGUGUUGCUGCUCUAAUGUUUAUCGGGGCUUGCAUACAUGAAUUCUAUCCAUUGACA